GGGCAGCCCUGGGCAGCGCGGGGCUGCGCGGCGGCCCCGGCCCCGCCGCCCGUCCCGAAGGGGUUAAGGCGCCCGGGGCCGGUGUCGCGGGGGGCGCAGCCUCCCCCCCUCCCCGCUCCCCAUCUGGUUUCCAUCGGGGCCGCGGGAGGCCGCAGCAUUCCUGAGCGCUGAGCUGGAGGCGGCGCCGGCCGCAGUCUCGGACGGCCAUGGGGCCCUGGCGCUGCUGCCUGCUGCUGCUGCCGCUCCUCGCCGCGGCCCCGCGCGCCCAGCAGCAGCUCAUGGAGUACGUGGAGCGGCGCCUCGCCCUGCUCGAGGAGCGGAUCUCGCAGUGGCACGAGCAGAGCAGCCGCUACUCCACGGAGCUGCGAGACUUCAAGAACCAGGUGCUGGGGAUGCUGGAGGCUGCCGAGAAGGAGCGGGAGGCGCUGCGGGCGGAGGCGGAGGGCGCGGCGGUGCGCGUGGACCGCCUGGAGCGCGAGGUGGACUACCUGGAGACACAGAACCCCGCACCGCCAUGCGUGGAGGUGGACGAAACGCUGAUGGAGAAGCAGGUGGCCACGGCUAAGCAGAGGAAGAACGAGAAGUACACCAAGCUGACCGAUUGCAGCGACACCAUUGCGAGCGUCAGAGCCAUGAAGAUCCUGAAGCGUUUUGGCAGCUCCUCAGGUCUCUGGACCAAGGAUGCUGCAGGAAACUCUGAGAAGAUCUACGUCUUUGAUGGCACUGCCAACGACACGGUGUAUGUCUUCCCCCGCAUGCGGGAAUUCACCCUCUUCUCUGCCACACGCAAGGCUGCCCGCAUCAAGCUGCCCUACCCCUGGGUGGGCACCGGGCAUCUUGUCUAUGACGGGCACCUCUACUACAUCCGCCAGCAGGGCCCCUUCCAGGUGAUCAAGUUCAACUUGGCCAACAAGACGGUGGUGGACAGCUCGGUGUUCCCAGCCGAGGAGCAGAUUCCUGUCUUCGGGCUCUCCCCCUUCACCUACAUUGAGAUAGCAGCAGAUGAGGAGGGGCUCUGGGCCAUCUACGCCACCAAGGAGAAUGAGAAGAACAUAUGCCUGGCCAAGCUGGACCCCACCUCGCUUGACAUCGAGCAGAUGUGGGACACGCCAUGCCCACGGGAGAACGCCGAGGGCGCCUUCGUGGUGUGUGGGGCGCUGCACGUGGCCUACAACACCCGCCUGCCCAGCCGCUCCCGCGUGCAGUGUGUCUUUGAUGUCAGUGGGACGCUGGCCCCCGAGGAUGCCUCCCUCGUCUACUUCCCCAAGCGCUACGGCUCCCACUCCAGCAUGAAGUACAGCCCCCGGGAGAGGCAGAUCUAUGCUUGGGAUGACGGCUACCAGAUCAUCUACCGCAUGGAGAUGAAGAAGAAGCUGGAGGUCUGAGGGGCCACGGCAGGGCCCCCCAACACCUCUGGCAGCCCUGCCCCAGUGAGCGCAGCCCUGUCCCUCCUGCCCUGGCAUGGGGUGGCACUUCUGCCCCGUAUCCCAUCACUGUGAAAGGGUGAAAUGCUGGACGCCCGCCCCAGGCCUCCCUCCACCUGCCAGCAUGGGGUGUCCCUGCCUAUGACCUCUCUGAAGAAACCUGGACUAAUUAAACAAGGCUUUCUUCUCUGUGAUACAUUGAAUAAAUGCUAUGCAGCUCA